CUGUCACGACGCGUCUUCGAUUUGAUCUCUAUCUUUCUCCUCCCUUUUUGCUUCCGCGUCUCUGCUCCCCUUUUCUCACCCAUACCAUACCAUACUCUCCCUAUCUGCUUUUGUAAAUCACAAGCACACGUCUUACCUCUGGUGCCCCUUCAUCUUACUGCAGAUACAUGGGCACGUAGAUUCUUGGGCCUGAUCGGUACUUGGACACGAUUCUCAAGUUCUAGACAGUCCGGAAAUGAGGCCGAUUGGGUGUCUCGCCAGAAGAGCAGCUAUCGUCCGCUGGCCAGUCGCAAACCGUCUCGGAUCAUCUGCACAUCGACGUCCCACCCUCUCUACUCGCUGCGUCUCAAACACUUCCUCUGCCUCGUCCCAGUCUGUCGCAAGACUGCUAGAGUGGAAGCCCACGACGGACGCCCAAAAUGUCAUCGUCGACGGUUAUGUGCGCUCAGUGCGCUCCAUGAAGACUGCAUCCUUCGUCUCCCUCGGUGACGGCUCUUGCAUCGCGCCACUGCAGGCAAUCGUCCCCGUAGACCAGGCCGAUGGUCUCUCCGUUGGUGCCGCCGUGCGCCUCACCGGCUCGUGGGUGUCUUCCCCGGGGCGAGGCCAGACACACGAGCUCCGUGUCCAAGAGGUCCAGGUUGUCGGGCCAUCAGAUGCCAAGACGUUUCCAUUGCAGAAAAAAUACCAUACGCCUGAGUUCCUCCGCACAAUUCCUCAUAUCCGCCACAGGACACCGUUCAACUCGACCCUUCUCCGUUUGCGGUCUGAAGUUAUCCGGUCCAUGUCUCACUUUUUCUUUACACGCGACUUUGUUCAGACACACCCGCCAGUAGUCACAUCAUCUGACUGUGAGGGUGCCGGGGAGGUGUUCGAGGUUCUUCCUGCUUCCGAUGGCCAAAUUUCCACCGAAGGAGUCCAGAAAUCCACCCAACCUUUCUUCGACUCACAAAAAUAUCUCACUGUCUCGGCCCAACUUCACCUCGAGGCGCUGGCACAGUCUGUCGGGAAUGUAUGGACUCUGUCACCUACGUUCAGGGCCGAGAAAAGUGAUACGCCGAGACACUUGAGUGAAUUUUACAUGAUGGAAGCCGAGAUGUCCUUUGUUGAGAGCAUGGACACGGUCAUGGAUCUUGUGGAAGAUUUGCUUAGAUUUGCGACCAAGGAACUAUCUAGCACCAAGCUCUUCGAGGACCUCCAGCAUCGCUCCAAGGAAGGCGCCGAUGAUCUUACCACGCCGGAAGAGGUUCGAAGUCGCUGGAAUGGCCUCAUGGCCGACUCCUGGCCACGGAUCACCUAUUCAGACGCCAUCCGUCUUCUCGAAAGUGAAUCGCAGGACAGGCCUGAUAUGUUCAAUUUCAAGCCAAUUUGGGGCCAUGGCUUGCAAGCCGAGCAUGAGAAGUACAUUGCUAGGGUUGUAGGCGGAGGGAAACCCGUUUUCGUCACUCAUUACCCGCGCGAUCUCAAGGCUUUCUACAUGCUUCAGUCUGCGUCGGCUACAGGCAAGGCGGGGACAUCGGCUUCCUUUUCGGCCGGAACAUCGCGAUCGGACCCUGAGGCCACGACUCUGCGUGAAACGGUAGACUGCUUUGAUUUGCUUGUUCCGGAUCUCUGCGAGAUUGCAGGCGGCUCCAUGCGUGAGCAUCGCUUGCAGCCACUACUUGGGGUCAUGCAGUCGCGUGGGAUGGUACCACAAGUCAGCGACGUCGGCAGCAGUAGUCUCGCUAGUAGGGGCGAUGGCGAUUCUGAUCCUGUCUCGAACACGACCGAUGCCCAACAUGCUGGCGCUCUGGAUUGGUAUGUCGACCUUCGCCGUUGGGGCUGCCCUCCGCACGGAGGUUUCGGCAUUGGGUUCGAUCGGCUUCUUUGCUAUCUGUCCGGGGUUCAGUCUAUUCGUGACAUUGUUGCCUUUCCCCGGUGGUAUGGGCGGUGUGACUGCUAGACCUCGGGAGAUCAUGUGCGAUAAACUGUGGCUUCGUGCCACGCAAUAGAUACCACUUUUACACAGAGACGCACGGUACGCAAGCCAACUUCCUUCCGACCCUCGCCUCGCUAUGGACUUGGAUUUCGAACCGGCCGACACAUCACAGUUGCUUGGUCGCGUAAUGGCCGCCUCUGUCACUUGGAUCAGACAUUCUGCCCUAGGGACCUCCUAUCCUGGAUUGCUGGAAGUUGAGGUGAUACGACCAGUCUCAUAUAAAUCUGGCCCUGAUCGAUUGACAACACAUAUUUAGGGCCAUAAAUCGCUCAGGCCCGGUGAUGGGUCGAUACAUGGACUGUGUUUUCUUCGAGACGCGCAGUGAGUCCUGUCAGUCUGCUCGCUGGUUUAAGCUGGAUGGGGAGAAACGAUUCACAAGGCCGACACUCGGGUCACAAGAAAGAUUAUGGACGCAUCAUGCCGGAUCGUUUUGCCCUUGCACAGUCCCCCCUUUACGGCCUUUACCCAUGCCCCGGUGGUGGAAUCCGGACGGCAAGCAACAGCGCAUGUCUUGGACUUGUUGUACCACGAAUGACUCGCAUCUGCAGACGACAGUGGCAAUUCGACCCAAAGCUGCCGUGUCACAGGCUGCACCACGGUCUUGUACAUAGCAAACAACUGCCCGGAUUUCUGGCCCCCAAGCCAUCGGGCAGCAUAGCAGCCCAACCCUCCGCUUGGGUCGCUAAGUUUCCAGCUCGCACUGCAAACUGCAGUGCUUCCCAACCUGUCCUGUCCUGUCCUGUGGAGGCGACCCGACGAGCUUGUCGUCGGCGGGUGCCUCUUGGUCUGAGGUGGUACGGAUCAAGAAGACGGCCUUGGCCGCAAAACUGCAACGUAAUACAUUCUCCCUGGUUAGGUAUUCAAGCAGCAUUGGCAAAGCCUUGGAUCGGGGGAUUGAAGAAGACCCGGCGUUCAGUCAAGAAGUGCAGUUAUGUUUUGUUACUCUGCACUUUGUUGGGGUCGUGGGCGAUGUAUCUAUCGUUUCCGCUUCCAUUGUUUGCUUGUCCGCCUUUAUGCCAUGUCUCCUAGCUCGUCGUUACUGGGUUGGUGCCAACUGAUUCCCUCUUUGGAAAGUAACGCGAUCACAGACGACCAAGGUUUCUAUAGAAGCAGAACUGGAGCACCAACCUUGUGUUGGCAGGCCUGGUCUAGUCAUGCAACGGAUUCCUACAGAGGUUCACAUGUUGCGAUGCGGCUUCUAUGUCUCCUUCACCCUCGCAUUAUGGAUGGACUAGUCAGGAUUAAAUUUGUCGAAUGGGUUGAUGUAUUGGACAUAUUGGUCCAAGAAACUCGCAUACAUCUAACGUCAAAGUCCUGAGACUAUUUUUGGGACGUUCCCCGGUUUGCGCGAGCGAUCAGCGCCGCGGCAGCCGACGUCUUUCCAAGUAUAGUAAGUAGUACUAGGGGGCGACAACGGCAAUAUAAGGCUGCGCUUCACCAGGUGGUUGUUGUUGAUAGAAGUUUACAUGCUUGUUUUGCUUCCCUUCAGGCCGUCUACUUGACUUGCUACAUAUGGCUCACUCACGGGAGCCCACUUACGGGCGGCCUUCAAAUGCGCCCAAACGGCACCUUGCACAAUCGAGUAGGAUGAGGGCAACUCACCAACAAGACCUCUAGAGCCAAGCGACCUCCUGCCUACUCUCUAUGAUGGCGCCACCAUUUGUUGUCAGCGGUCGUGUUCUCGCACUGGUGAGAUUUGGGGGCUGUUGGCCGCGUAUCACAUUCUUGGCGAUGUAGGUUGGGCAGACUGGACAUAACUGCCUGCCGGCCAGGGCAGGCAAGGCGUGGCGUUAAGAGUUUCUAGCUAAGAAGAACAGAUAUUGGAUUUUGUCUUUUACGGCAGGCUAAAAGGGGCCAAGGGGCGUCGUUGAAUGAAUGGAUUUCGGACAUGAAUGUAUGUGCGGCUCGUCAGAGUGGCAUUUGGCUCUUGUGCUGAUGAAACCCUACGCAGGCAGCAUUCACGAGAAAAGAGUCGGUCCCGGUUAUGUUAUGUGUUGAUGUCGUACGUGUACUAGACCAUUAUGAGCCACUAUUUCUAGACUAUCAUGAACAAAUCCUACCAGUUCAAAG